AUGGCCCGUCACUUUAUGGCAGUGUGUGUCGUGUGUCUGCUCUGUGCGGAUCAUGUACCCUGCAAGCAACACUUUGCCGACGAUGGUAGUAAAUCGCGCGACACCGCUGGCCGGUCGGACCCGACGAUACGCGACGUACGAUCACUGAUCGAUCUUCGGUACGAGCCGGUGGCCAACGCCGUCAAAGGAUUCCAGGCGACCAACGAUCAUAGUUGGAACACUAACGAUGGAAGCCAUCGGAUAAUGAAGCGGCAUGCCCAUCACCACCACCAUCACGAUGAUGAUGAAGAGAAGGAAACAGUUGGCGAAACGCAAACAGAGUUUGACCGGUUGAUGAAAGACAAGAUGGAUCAGGCGAUGAGAAAAAUUUUUACCGAAUACGGCAAUCCGGCAUUAAUGACCAUGGAUGUGCAAGGUUUCGAACGGAUGGUGCGUCAAUUGGGUAUGUUUCAACUAAUACCGGGAGUCAUAGUAACAGGUGACGUAGAGCACAGGCUCCAGGAUACUAGUACCAGUGUGUCACCACCGAAGCAGGAUGAUUCUCUAAAGUGCAUUAGCAGUAAUGAAUUUCUAAGGCGCGUUACACCACCGAUGAUACGGUCCCAGGAAUGGGAAGAUGCAGCUAAAAGUGAUAAAAGUAGUUACGAAUUUGGAAAAGAAGGCAGCAAUAGCACGUCGAGCGGAGACAGUAAUUCCGCUGAUGGGCGUAACGUUAACGUUAACGACACGACAGCAAAAUUUAUUUUAUCAAACGAUAAUAUACAAAACAUUAGCAUAAGCAGCAGCAGCACUAAUAGUAAUAGCAGUGGUAGCAACACUAACAGCAGUAACACUGAUGAUCAACUGCACGACCAAAUCGUUGUACCGAAUGAAAGGAUCAAUGGGAGUAGCCGCAACGAAAGCGCUUCAUCGGAACGUCCCACUCGCGUUGAAUCUACCGUUAUGCUGGGUGAUCGCGAUCUUUAUAAUGUGUGCCCGAUGCUGCUGGGUCAUCUUCUGUCGAAGGUGCCACAGGAACGGUCCGGUUGCUUUGGUGAGGACAGUGUACCACCACUACAGGUGAGCAGUCUACAAGAGCAGAACGAUCCUCACCAACAUCAUCACCAUCAUCACCAUCACCGCGAAGGUGGUUCCUCUGAGGCUGCCGUAUGGAUCUACUCUUCCGUUGCGAUACUGGGCGUGAGUUUGUGCGGGUUGCUCGGUGUGGCCGUCAUACCGUGCAUGGAAAAACAUUUCUACCAUCACGUGAUACAGUUCCUGGUAGCGCUCGCAAUCGGUACGCUGUGCGGGGAUGCACUGCUACAUCUGUUACCGCACGCCAUGCUGUCCUCGCUGGAUAAUGCCCGAGCGGCACACGAUUCGAUGAUGUACAAGGGCCUUGCGGCGGUGCUGGGGAUCGUGUUCUUUUACUUUAUGGAGCGUUUUCUGACCGUGAUCGCGGAAUGGUGCAAGACGCGACAGAAAAAGGACAAACCACCGUCCCGGGUGCGUGUGAUGCGCGAUCCGGAGUCGACCUCGUUGCAUGCAUCGAGUGCUGGUGAGAAACAGUGCAAGCACAAGUACAGCUCCUACCCGUACUGCUACGAUGAGAUCGCGAUGGACACGAAGGACGAUCAUCACGAGCACAACACAAAUGGCACGAACGAAAAUCACAACAGUGCGCUGGCCAAAUGUGCGAACCAUCAUCAUAACGGCGAACUAUCCGCGGAUCAUGGUUCGGAGUACACCGGGCUGAACAACCAUCAUGCGAAUAACACGCAAAGCAACCAUCAGUCGUUGCGGGAGGACGCGAAUGAUAAUAAUACGGUAUCGACCAAUCUGGACGAAGGAUCGAUCGAGAGCGAGCAGGGUAACAAUCACCACAACACCGGUCGGCAGGGUAGCAAAUGUUCGGAGCAAACGAGUGGGAAAUUGCGCCCAGAAAACUACACGAUCAUUUUGCGCGAGCACGAAACCAAACACCACGGACAUUCGCAUACGCACGGACACGUCCAUUCGCCACCCGGAUCACUUUCGGCUGUCGCCUGGAUGGUGGUAAUGGGUGAUGGAUUGCAUAACUUCACCGAUGGCAUGACGAUUGGGGCAGCGUUUGCGAAUAACAUUGCGGGCGGUUUCUCGACCGCUAUUGCCGUGUUUUGCCACGAGCUGCCGCACGAACUUGGUGACUUUGCGGUGCUGCUGAAGGCGGGCAUGUCGGCCAAGGAAGCCGUGUACUAUAAUCUGCUUUCCUCCCUGCUCAGCCUACUCGGUAUGGUGGUCGGCAUUAUUGUUGGUCACCAGCCGGAAGCAUCCGCUUGGGUGUUUGCCGUUGCGGCCGGCAUGUUCCUGUAUAUCGCUAUGGUGGAUAUGAUACCCGAACUCACCUCAUCCCACGGUGCGGAGGAACGUUGCAAAACAUCCGAAUUUGUGUUGCAGUUCCUAGGACUGACGCUUGGGUUCAGCAUCAUGAUGAUAAUAGCUAUGUACGAGCACGAUCUUAUGCUGCUAUUUGUCGAUUAA